AUGAAACGUUUCCUGGCAAUAGAUAUCGUGCACCUCGCCGGCGACGUCUAUCUCUCGCAGGAAGCCUACAUCGACAAGAUUCUGUCUCGCUUCACCUUUUCUUCUGUCAAACCUAUUCAGACGCCUUUUAACGAUAAAGAGGUUCUUUCCCCUUACGAUUCCGGUGCUCAGGCUACCCCACAGAUAGUACAGCUUUACCAGGAGCCUAACGUCUCUUGGGCAGUCUGUAAGCUUACGAAAUAUUCACACAAUCUGUCUUCUUUGCACUUCCAGGCUAUCAAACGAGUCUACCGUUAUCUGAAAGGCACCAAAAGUCUAUGCCUUUAUUUUUCCCACCAUCCUGCGGUUGGUCUAGCCUUAUUCGCCUACGUGGAUGCCUUAUAG